GACGGCCAGCGCCGGCAGCGCGCUGCAGAGCAGUGCCGGGCCGCCCUUCUUGCUCCGCAACGCGGCGGCGGGCCAGCGCCCGUUCCGGCGGCGAGCCGAGGCGCGGACUGCAGAGCAGAGGACCAGCAGUACGCCAUUGCCGGGCCGCCCUUCCUGCGCCAGAUAUUCAGAUAUUCUUGUUUCCUGCCGCAGCUCCAGCCGGGCCAGCAGAGGAUUCAGCUCCUGUACCAUUCCAAGAAGCUGCACUGUACCAUUCCAGCACACCGGACUUCUAUUCGUCCCUGAAAAAAGACUAUGAGGUGAGAAGAGACUUCAUCCUUCAGCUGCUGAAAGAUUUUGGCUUUCACAUCAGCUUCAAUCCACAAGGUUCAGUCUUUGUAUUUGCUGAGCUGCCCUCGUCCUGCCAAAUUUCUGAUAUGGACUCAUUGCUCCUGAGGUUGCUUGAAGUUGAAGAUGACUCGUCAUCGGAUGAGGACUAUGAUGUGGCGGCUAUAAUGCUCGCUGAUCUUGCAAAGAAUGAGCAGCCCAAACAUGGUGAUUCUGUGCAAGGGCAUGAGGUGGUUCGUCGAAACAAGCAGAAAGGAGAUGCAAAGCUCUUUGAUGACUACUUUGCAGAAGAACCUGUGUUUGGUCCGGUUACAUUUAGACGGCAGUUUAGAAUGUCAAAGGAGUUGUUCUUGCGCAUUGCAGGUGCUGUAGAAGCACAAUGUCCAUAUUUUCAGCAAAGGAGGAAUGCAGCCGGGGAUCUUGGCCAUAGUGCUUUGAAGAAGAUCACUGCAGCAUUGCGCAUGCUUGCUUAUGGGGUUCCUACUGAUUCUCUUGAUGAGACACUUUACAUCGCAGAGAGCACCAUAAUUGAGAGCCUAAGGGAGUUUGUCAAAGCUGUGGUUGAGGUUUUUGGGGAGCAAUACCUGCGAGCACCAAAUGAGGAGGACACCGCAAGACUUAUGCAAAUGGGUGCCGCUAGAGGCUUCCCUGGGAUGCUUGGAUGCAUAGAUUGCAUGCACUGGCAGUGGAAGAAUUGUCCUACAGCAUGGCAUGGGCAAUUCACCGGGCAUUGCCAUGAUCCUACAAUCAUUUUGGAAGCAGUCGCAUCACAUGAUCUAUGGAUUAGGCAUGCAUACUUUGGGAUGCCUGGUUCUCACAAUGACAUCAAUGUCCUCCAUAGAUCUCCUCUGUUUGCAAGGCUUGCUGCUGGGAAGGCUCCACCUGUGAACUUUCAAGUCAAUGGCCAUGAUUACACUAUGGGCUACUAUCUCGCAGAUGGCAUUUAUCCCUCAUGGUCCAUCUUUGUCAAGACAAUUAGAAACCCAAGCAAUAACAAGACAGCACACUUUGCAAAGACAUUCCAUCAAACACGUUGUUGGCAACAUGAGUGUCUUCCUCGGUGCCACAAUUGGGAGCUGCGAUGCUUGCCGACGCUGAAGAAUUUGUUGUCGGUGUUGAAGCAGAGGCCACCAGAGUUGAAGAAGGCAUCUUCUUCUUCGGGCCCGGCUUCUUCCUCGCUGCCUUUGGCAAGCCGGUGGUAGUUUUCUUGGGUUGUCGUGGGGCGUUCGGCCUUGGGGGCACCAAGCUUGUCGCAGCAGGUGGAGCGACCGCCCACGGUGCCCUUGGCCCAAGAAGGGGCGCUGCGCCGGGCAUGCCCAUGGGCGGCAUGGCCGGCGACCCCUCCAUGGAGGGCAUGCCCAUGGGCGACGCAGCCAGCCACCCCUCCAUUGGGACCAUGCCUAUGGCCGCGACCUGGGAGAGGUCGGGCCAGCGCACCGUCCCGGCGGCCUCCAAGGGCGGCGGUCCGGCCUCCAUGGGCGGCGGUCUCCACUGAAG